AUGGUGGUAGGUGUUUUCUUAGAUAUCUCAGGCGCUUUCGACAACCUGAGAUGGAACAUACUGAUUAGGGACAUGAUGACUCUGGGCGCAUCAGAUGCGACCAGAUCCAUCAUACAAAGCUAUCUGACGGGCAGGAGGGCGGUGCUCUCGGUGGAGGGAGCGACAGCAUUCGCGGAUCUCACCAGAGGCUGCCCUCAAGGCUCACAGCUAGGGCCAAGUCUUUGGAAUUUGUCGAUGGAUAGGGCAUUGGUCACCAACAAUGAUGAUAGGGUUAAGCUGGUCGCGUAUGCGGACGACCUUGCGGUUCUCAUCGCAGGUUCCGACAUCUUGGACAUUCAAGGACGAGCUUUACGCGACUGGGCGGAGCUGAGAGGUCUAACAUUCUCGGCGAGUAAGUCUCAAGCUAUCCCUCUGAAAGGCGGGUUGCGGUCGGGUUUCACUGUGUCCUUCGGGGCGCAGGACAUCGUGGCCGUGGACUCAGUUAGGUAUCUAGGUGUUGAAUUGGACAGUAAGAGAAAUUUCUGGGCGCACGUGAGCAUCGAGUCCGAAUCCCUGUACAGUAGGCUAAGAGCGGCAUCGUCAGCUGACUGGGGUCUUCGGCAGUCCACCUCCGCAGUAAUAUACAGGGCAGUCUUCCUGCCCCAUAUCACUUACGCCGCGGAGACCUGGGCUAAGGGAGUCCUCACCAAGAAGGCGAUAAGACUCCUCGGCAGCAAGCAGAGGAGGGCCCUUCGUUCUCUUACGGGGGCAUACAGUACCACCUCAACGGACGCGUUGCAGGUGGUAGCUGGGCAGCUGCCUCUCGAUCUGGAAAUUCGUUGGCAUGUGGUUAGGACUAGAAGGAAAGCUGGCCAAAUCUCAGAGGAAGUGAUGAGCGACCAGUGGGAUAGGCUCUUGGACAUCUGGCAGGAUAGGUGGGAUAGUAGCGUGAAGAGUCGUUGGACCUACGGUAUCUUCUCAGACAUCAGGAGGAGACUGGUCCUCCCACUCGAGGUGGAUCACUACGUGUGCCAAUUCCUAACGGGGCACGGGGACUUUAACUCCAAGUUGGAGUCCUUCAACCUACGGGGAGAGGCCAUGUGCAGGUGGGAGACUGAGGACGAGUCGGUGGACCACGUGCUCUACAGAUGCCCUUUGCUCUCUGCUGAGAGAGAUAGGGUCAUCAGGCAAAUUGGCGAGGACGUUUGGCCGUGCGAGACCAAGGUGUUUAUGGACACGAGGUCGAACUACUGUGCCCUACGUCGCUUUGCUAGGGAGGCCAUCGAGGCCAAAAGAUCUUCGGACAGGUUAGGCUUAGUUCCUGGUUAG